AUUGACUAAUUAAUCCUCCCUUGCACUUUAUAUGGACAUGUUGUUGUUAAGGACCGUUAUGUUGACUGUUGCUAUCACCAUUGCUGCUAAUUUGGGACUUUGUUUCUGUGGAUGUGCCAGUGCUGAAUAUGAUAUAGAUGGAGAUUGUUGCCCUAUGUGUGCCCCUGGAAACCAUGUUUACUGGCAUUGUACUGUAGAUACCAGUACAACAUGUGUUCCUUGUCCUGCAUCAACAUACACAGAUGAACCCAAUGGACUUUUAUCAUGUUUUCCCUGCACUGUGUGUGAUGCAGUUCAUCAACUAAAAGUGCAAAAGGCCUGCACACGCUCUGCAGAUACAAUUUGUGAGCCACAGGAAGGAUUCCAUUGUGUUAAACUUAAUAAAGGCUCCUGUACAUUGGCUGUGGAGCACUCAGAAUGUAAACCUGGACAAUAUAUUAAACAAACAGGAACAUCAUUUAGUGAUACUGUAUGUGCUAACUGCACAUAUGGAACUUAUUCAGAUGGCUCUCUAAUGGCCUGCCUACCACAUUCAAAAUGUGAGACUAUGGGACUUACAGAAGUAAAUGCAGGAACAACAUCAUCUGAUAGCAAAUGUGAAAAA